GUCACAUGAUAGGCUCCUGCCUGUCUUCGCUCAGUUGACAGCUAAACAAGCGUGCUUUAAGACUGCAGUUUAAUAGGAGCAUACACACCAGUUGUUUGGGAUGCUUUCAGUUACCAGCCCGACAGCAUCCAGCAGUUUUGCGUUGCCACUGAACUCGCUUACUGUUCUCAGUGCGCAUGUGCGCAUUACCGAGUUCCGAGACUAACUAUGCUAUCCCCGUUUAUUUUCUCUGUUCUCUUAAAAAUAAUGAAGUAAUUAAGUAAAACCAAAAAAGAAAAAGCACCAAAGUGGGGCGGCUGCAGCCCAGCAGCCAGUAUCACGAGCCGCCCCAACAUCUUUUGGGAGAAUUGAGAAUGCCUCGAAACCAAGCCUUUUCUGAGCCCGAAUACUCUGCAGAGUACUCCGCUGACUAUUCUGUGAGUCUACCCUCAGAUCCAGACCAUGGAGUUGGAAGGAAUCAUGAAGUGUCAGUACGUAAUUCGGGUUCUUGCCUUUGCUUGCCACGUUUCAUGCGACUUACCUUUGCUCCAGAGUCACUGGAAAACCUAUAUCAGACCUACUUUCGUAGACAGAGGUACGAGACCCUGUUGGUUCUGGUUGUAUUUGCUGCCUUGUUUGACUGCUACAUUAUCAUCAUGUGUGCAGUGGUGUACACAGAUGACAAGCUACCUUCAGUCUUGGUUGCCUCAGUGGGACUGAUAGCCCACAUCCUAAUUUUUGUGUUGUGUAGGUUUGGGCUUCUACCUGAUCGCAUUUCCCGCAAGUUUGUACCCUACACUCUGUGGGUUCUAAUUGCAGGCCAGAUUUUCUGUUACCUAGGGCUGAAUUUUGCCCACUUCCAUGAAGCUAGUGACACAGUUGGAUGGCAAGCUUUCUUUGUUUUCUCCUUUUUUAUCACACUGCCACUGCGACUGACACCUAUUGUAUUGAUCUCAUCUGUAUCUUGUGGGAUUCAUACACUUGUACUGGGGGUGACCAUCGCACAGCAACAACAGGAUUCCAUCAAUGGAAUUGCUUUGGUCAGGCAGCUUAUUUCGAACAUUUCAAUGUACUUGUGUGCAAUCACGGUUGGAAUUAUGUCUUACUAUAUGGCUGACCGCAAGCACCGCAAAGCUUUCCUGGAGGCACGUCAGUCUCUAGAAGUGAAAUUAAAUCUAGAAGAGCAGAGCCAACAACAGGAAAGGCUACUGCUGUCCAUUCUUCCAAAACACAUUGCUGAUGAGAUGUUGAAGGACAUGAAAAGAGACCAAAAACAAAAAGAGCUACAGCAGUUCAAUACCAUGUACAUGUAUCGGCAUGAGAAUGUCAGUAUCCUGUUUGCAGACAUUGUUGGCUUCACACAGCUGUCGUCAUCCUGCAGUGCCCAGGAGCUGGUCAAACUUCUCAAUGAACUGUUUGCUAGAUUUGAUAAACUGGCAGCAAAAUACCAUCAGCUGCGAAUUAAGAUCUUGGGGGACUGUUACUACUGUAUCUGUGGCCUACCAGACUAUAGAGAAGACCACGCUGUAUGUUCUAUACUCAUGGGAUUGGCUAUGGUUGAAGCAAUAUCUUAUGUGCGGGAGAAGACCAAAACAGAUGUUGACAUGCGGGUGGGUGUUCAUACAGGCACCGUGCUGGGUGGUGUCCUAGGACAGAAGCGUUGGCAAUAUGAUGUCUGGUCAACAGAUGUUACGGUUGCAAACAAGAUGGAGGCUGGAGGCAUCCCUGGGCGUGUCCAUAUUUCUCAGAGUACCUAUGAAUGUUUAAAAGCAGAGUUUGAGGUUGAACCUGGAGAAGGAGAAACCCGAAAUGAGUACCUUCGAGAGAAAGGGAUCAAGACAUACUUAGUUUUGGUGCCAAAACCACAGCUUACCAAAAAUGGAAUCAAUGGUGUGAAGCUGUCACUGACUUCAUCACAUGGAAAUUCUCCCCUCCUAAUCAAUACUAAAGAGCAGAAUGGAAGCAUCAAUACCACCUGUACAACACCUGAUGAAGGCGAGGAGCUUGACACAAGGGUAGUUAAUCCCUCUUUUCCAAAUCCGCGUCGACGUCUGCGAUUAAGAGAUCUGGCAGAAAGGGUGAUUGAUGCUCAACAAAAUGAACAAGAGCUCCACAAACUGUUGAAUGAAGCCCUUUUGGAGAGGGAGUCCGUGCAGGCACUGAAGGGGAAGUAUACACAUCGUCUUUCCAUGCGCUUCCUCAACCCUGAGAUGGAGACUCGAUUUUCAGUAGAAAAAGAAAAGCAAAGUGGUGCUGCCUUCACCUGUUCAUGUGUUGUUCUCUUUUUCACAGCUAUAAUAGAAAUUCUUAUAGAUCCCAUUCUGAUAGCAAACUAUGUUACCUUUGUCAUCGGAGAGGUGUUGCUGCUGAUCCUUACACUGUGCUCUCUUGCUGCUAUCUUCCCCAGGGUGUUUCCUAAAAAGCUAGUGGCCUUUUCUACAUGGAUUGAUCGUACAAGAUGGGCACGUAAUACUUGGGCAAUGUCAGCUAUCUUUAUCUUAACUAUGGCUGAUAUUGUAGAUAUGCUUAGUUGCCUGCAAAUCUAUGCUGCCUCCAGCCAAAACAUGACUAGGGUACCCAGCCUGCACAGUGAGGGGUGCACUGAAAACCCAGUGUAUUACAGCUACAUAUCUGUCCUGGCACUCAUUGCCACCAUAAUGCUGGUGCAGGUCAGUCACAUGGUGAAAAUAACACUGAUGUUGAUGAUCACGGGUGCAACAGGCGUAGUAGACAUUUAUGCUUGGAGUCACAUCUUUGAUGAGUAUGACAAGGCUCGUUUCAAAGAAUAUGUGUCAUCAUUAGUACCCUCCAAGUAUACCAUGACCUCAAUGAUCUUCGUUAUGAUGAUGAGUUUCUACUACUUUGCACGACAUGUAGAGAAGUUGGCUCGAACAUUAUUUCUGUGGAAGAUUGAUGUACACAAUCAGAAAGAAAAAGUCUAUGAAAUGAGAAGAUGGAAUGAGGCCCUGGUCACCAACAUGCUACCUGAACAUGUAGCCCGACACUUCCUCGGUUCAAAAAAACGUGACGAGGAGCUGUACAGUCAGUCAUAUGAUGAAAUUGGGGUGAUGUUUGCUUCCAUACCUAACUUCUCAGACUUCUACACAGAAGAAAGCAUCAAUAAUGGUGGUAUCGAGUGUCUGCGGUUUCUAAAUGAAAUAAUUUCUGACUUUGAUGCGCUUUUGGAUGAAGCCCAGUUCCGAUGCAUUACCAAAAUUAAAACUAUUGGAAGUACAUAUAUGGCUGCUUCUGGAGUUACACCUGAUGCUAAUAUGAAUGGGUACAACAUCAAGAAGGAAGACAUGUCAGACAAGGACCGUUGGCAACACCUUGCCGAUCUGGCUGAUUUUGCUUUGGCUAUGAAGGUGACACUGAUGAAUAUCAACUACCAGUCAUUCAAUAACUUCAUGCUUCGAAUCGGACUGAAUAAAGGUGGUGUGCUAGCGGGAGUGAUCGGUGCUCGAAAACCACACUAUGACAUCUGGGGAAAUACAGUAAAUGUGGCCAGUCGUAUGGAGUCCACAGGUGUUAUGGGGAAUAUACAGGUGGUUGAAGACACCUAUUUAAUCCUAAAAGAGUAUGGAUUUCGUUUUGUGCGACGGGGCCACAUCUAUGUGAAGGGUAAAGGAGAACUGCUUACCUUCUUCCUUAAAGGACGGGAAAAACAAGGAUCUUUCAUCAACAGUUCUUCUGUGACUUUGCCACAUCAAGUAGUCGAUAACUCAUGAUGCUGCACCCCAAAAUUAAAUGGACCUAAUUGCUCAAGUGCAAAAUAGUGUCUUAGUGGGCUAAUGCCAAAGAGGAAAUCAACAAGCUACAACUGUGUGCCAGGAGAAUAAUUUUUACAGAGUAAAACAGUUUUCUAUGGUAGACCAGAAAAAGUAUAGAAAAUUUAAUAAAGAGAAGAUUUUAUGUACAGUAUAUUGAGAAAUAUAUGAGGGCCCCCUCUGACAAUAUAAAAUAUACCCAGCCUCUCCCAUGGAGUAGCUUGUUGGGUUAGUGAAAUGCUGAGUUGACACUUAGCUCAUUUGUAAACUUUUGUGAUGUUUGGAAUAGUAACAGGAAGUGAAGAAGAAAGAAGGCAGGACUUUCCUUGCCCAUAGAACCUUUGCUAUGGUGGUGCUGCCAUACAACAGACCGAAACCAAGGAUAUGUCAUAUGUUUUGGGAGAUGGCAGUAAGGAUUCUUGUCUUUUUUAAUCAACGUGAGAUUGUCAGAAUAGUGGCAUCCUUUCCAUUCAGCUAGCUCAUUCUACAGAAUCCACGUUGCAUUGAGAUUCAAAAGUGCAAUAUUGCUUUAUUUAUUCUGAUACAAUUGCUCUGUGUCUUACACAUUUUUUUUUAAUUUUAUAUUUAAAUUGUGUGUCGUUAUUGUGUACACUGAACAGUUUCCUUUGCUUUAUGCACUAUGCUGUCAUCUUUGCUAAUGCUUUCCUUUACAGAAAUGUAUUUAAAGGCUAUAAAGACAAGUGUUGGCAUUUUAAUGCAGCUUUUCCUAAAGGAGAAGUGUAACAAUGCCAUCAUGAUUUCUCAGUCUUCUUCAAUAGAACCAUCUUGAUUUAAGUAACUCUGUCAA